AUGGAACUUCGAUCAUCUCCAACUCAAACAACCUCAUUCCAACCCCCCAUAAGCAAAUUAACAGACGAAAUCCUUUGGUUCAUCUUCCUGAUUAACACAGAAGGUAGUACUGCUCCUUUCCCCCUGGUCACCGCUCGCAAGAGCUCACAAGUAUGCCGGCGGUGGAGAUCAAUACUACUCAAUGCGCCAUCGAUAUGGGGACGACUCAUGGACUGGCGCGCUCUUAACCAAACGUCUGAUGCAUGGCGAAGCGAGACACUUAGGAGAAGUGGUCUAUCUGUCCUUUGGGUCACACCCCCCAACGUACCACUGAACACCCGGCGAGGAUGUUCCUUUAGGCACACAAUGAAGACAAACACAUCAACACUCUUGUUUUUUCAAAAACUCAUUGCGGAGAACUGGGAAAGAAUUGAAAUGCUCUCCCCUUUUGUUAUCAAUGGAAAGAUCAACAUUGAUAUUCAGGCAUUGGUACAACGAAGGGCACCUAAUCUACAAGUCUUUACACUACCACAUCUAUGCAUGGAUGGGGCUGAAUAUCAUGGCGAACUAUUUCUAAAUCAUGCCCCUCGAUUGCACAAUUUUCGCGCUAGGACGCACUGCAAAUUAGACAUUCGAUGGAUGUCUAACUUGCGUACGCUAAAUCUGUCUGGGAAAUUCAGCAAUCAAGAAGUCUGCAAAGUUUUGGCCCGCAUGCCAUACUUGGAGUCUCUUACACUCCAAGGGAAUGAAAAUAUGCAGGUCUAUAGCUCACCACCAAUACAUCUUCCUCUUCUACAUACACUAGUCCUACGACACUGCCUGAUUUAUCUCCGAAACCUCGAUGCAUCCCCUACUACCUUAAUUUUGUCAGGGAGCGAGACCAUUGACCAAGAAUCGUACGGAAACUGUAUUGCCUCGUCACUCCACGAUUACCUUUCGAAAGUACAGCCAAAAUUUACUCGUUUGCGUCUUGAUCCUGACAGAUUCACAAUUGGCGACCAGCCUUAUCUAUUGCCCAACUCUCAAGAGGAUGGAUAUCUAGAGAUCAGUGUAUCACGGCUAUCCACGUCGUACGGCAAUAGGCUUGAAAGAACCAUGGAUAUAUUGGCUUCCCCACGUUUCUCUACAAUCACCACUCUGAGAAUACAGUGUGGCGAACUCAAGAAUCGAUCUCGGUCAUGUCACCAUUCAUUCCAGCAAUUUCUGGAGCACUUUUCAGCAGUCGAUACUCUGCAGAUUCACGAAAGAGAUAUCAAUAUUCUGAUGCAAUAUGUCAUGACCAAUACAGACACGAAAUUUCUAUUCCCAUUGUUGAAAUGUCUCGUCAUGACAGGAUUCGACUUCUCUAAAGUUUUUGAUCAAGGAUUCAAAUACGAACACGGUCCUGCUUCAGGUUCUAUUGAACAAUUCGUUGACUUACGCAAAAGGCUAGGCAUUCCCAUCCAAAUUUUGACACUGGAUCUCACUACUUCUCGACCGGGCAAAUCCAUUCCUCCCCCGGCGCGUAGUCUGGAUCCUUCGCUGGAACAUUUGGUGGGUUUGAAGGUUGUUUGGAGAUGGGAUCAACGCAUCAUUAACUAUGAAUGCGGAAGCGGGCAUCCAGAGCACCUACAGGUCAAAGUUGAUGAUCCCUUAGUUUCAGGCAUAAUGGAAGGAGUUUAG